GUCGACCAACCGCUCCUCUCGUGGAGACAGCCAGUCGUUUCGAGGCCGUCGAGUUGACCGGGCGUCUUGCGGAAGAGUCGUGGAAGAGCCGCGUCGGUUUGUGCUGUGUGUCUUUCUCUCUCCCCAUCGCUUUUGCCUCUCUCUCACGCCGAUCCGUCCCUUCUUUUGUCGGGCACCCCAUUGCGAUUUCGGUACACCCGGCAUCGAGGACCAUGGCGAGUACCAUGAUCACGACGAUCGCGAUACUGCUAACGGUGAUCCAGGCUGCCAUGUGCAACAACAACAGCCCGUCGCCUGUCGCGCCGGAUCCGACCAAGUUCUUCCCCAAAAUCAAAGGCAAUCUCACGAAGAUUGUCUGGGCGCACGCCGUCAAUAACCUGACGGAAUUGGAGAGAGCACUUUCGUCAGAGGACAUCAUGAUGCUGGAAGCCGAUGUCGUUAUGGGAAAACUUAACAAUACUAUCAAUCAGACUGAUAUCCCGAUAAUGGCGCAUCCACCGGCCAUUGAGAGUGACCUGUCGCUCGAGAAUUUCCUCGAGCUCAACAUUCGCAACCAUACUAAGGGCAUCAAGCUGGACUUUAAAUCCAAUCAAGCGUUCGAGAAUAGCAAGCCCAUUCUCACAAAACUGCGAGCAAACCUAACGUUCCCGGUAUUCCUCAAUGCGGACAUUAUUCCUGGACCUGUGAACGCUCCUAAUGCUUCGCUUAAUGCGAAAGAUUUUCUGAAAGGAGCUAACGGAAUUAUACCAGACAGCAUCCUCUCCGUCGGCUGGACAACCAGAUAUGGAAAAGAAUUCGGCAUCACCGAGGGUGGAUAUAGUUUGAAGCAGAUUCAAACCAUGAUCGACACUCUGAAGGAAAAUCAAGUUACCCAACCGGUAACUUAUCCCGUGCGAGCCGGCCUCGUGGCGAACAAUAUCGAUGCCAUAAAGACGUUAUUGAAGAACACGACGUUCACAAACGCGACACUGACGAUCUGGUCGUCGGAUGGUGAUUCCGUUAACGCCGCGGAGCUCUCGAAAUUGAUCAGAGACGUGGGAGUCGAUAAGGUCUACGUGGACGUGCCGGAAGACCUAAAAAACAAACUCCAAUUCUCGGCCGCAUCCACGAUGAAUGCCGCGAUGAUAAACCUAGCCGCAUCGAUGGCGUUCCUCGUCCUCUCGAGGAUGCUGUGAAAUCGAAACGUGGACGUCGAGUGUAGGACUUGUGACGAGAUUCGAGAAAAGAGGAGUCUCAACCUCCUUCCGUACGAGUCUCUUAACAAAGAAAGUAUGAACAAACGACAAAAUCCGAUAGCGAUCGCAUGUCGUGAAUAUUAUUUGAUUACCAUCGCGAUCGUUCGAUCGGAUUUUUGUCUGAUUCAUUGCGGCUAUACUUCCUAAAAUGUACCUCUGAAGAUACUCGAUUCGUCGCAACAAUAAUUUCCAUCAAUUAACAAAUGAUUAUUAUUAAUAAUUUCCAUAAUAUAUAGGAUAUUCUCCACGCGGAAUUUCGAUUUACCGAUAUAAUUUGUACUUAAAAUCAAAUUAUUCAAACGAUAUAAAAAAAAAAUUCCGUUGAACCAUAUUCUUUUAUAAUAUAUUUGACGCAAUAUAAGUCAUAAUAUAAAGAGGUAUCUAUAUAAGGACAGACGUGUUUCGAAUAUUCACAUAUCGCGAGAGUAACUUUAAUACCGUUAAACAUUGUAAUGCUAUGUACCUAUUAUCAAUUAAUGUCAAAAAAAAAACUCCUUAAUAUUGCAUUACGCUUUGUUAAAGAAAUACAUCUAUGUAUGGAGCGAUUAUAGAAUCGAUCGCACAUUUAAAAGAAUCGUUGUAUAAAGAAUAACAAGUACUCGUAAAAAAUGCGCAUGUAAUAAAUUUCUUUCAUCUUUUUUUCUUAAAGUGUUAUAAGGAGAAAAAGCGUAUUUUAUGUGUAACUCUAUAUUCUAAAUGCUACGUGUAUUGUACUUGCCGCGCACAUUCAUCCUGUUUAAUGUCCUUUCGCAAUAUACACUGUAUUAUUCUCUAUACCUGUGUUAAACAUGUCUCCGAUCUAGGUGCAGCGAAGGAUAAUAUUUAGUCUCUACAUAAGCUACAUAUCUAAACCAAAGGAUUAAAAAUGCAGUAUACGAUGCGAGUGCAUUGCGUUUGAUAACGAGUCAAUAAAAUAAUACAUAAAAAAAUA